AUGGCUGCUGCUGCUUAUGCAGCUAUUCUUUCUCUUAUCCAUUCUGUGAGGCGGGUCCAGUACCGUACUAGCCAGAUCAGUUUUUACAGGUGCCAAAUUGACCAUCUGGAGGAAAUGGGUUGUUUAUUUCAGAAAUUUCUGAAGGCAUAUUCCCAUGGAGAGAGUCAAGAACAACCAGAUUUGGAGAGAAAGAUAGUAGAUGCUGCUCACGAAGCAGAAGAUGCCAUUGAUAAUUGCAUAGCAGAUGAAAUUCUUGACAGCUCGAGAUCUGAUCUCCUGUCACACAUUGAGUUGCUCGAAAGAGUAAAGUUAAAAAUGAAAUACAUAAUGGAGUUGUGUGUAGGACUCAAAGAUCAGCAGCAGCUACCCUCCAGGUCUCUUCCUGCUUCAUCAGAUCAUCUUGCACAUCACCACCUACACAAAUACUCCCUGUCACGUGGUUCAAAGAGACUUGUAGUGGGACUUGAGAUAGAACAAAAUUAUAUCCUGGAAUGUCUCACAGCGGGUCACUAUUCACUUCAGGUCAUUUCAAUCGUUGGGAUAGAGGGAAUUGGUAAGACCACAUUGGUGCAAUCUCUUUAUGAAAAUAAUCUUGGUUUCCAUCACUUUGAUAUCAAAAUUUGGAUCACAUUGUGCAAAGAAUGCACUCUGCGGGAUGUUCUUUUGCAAAUAUGUUCUCGUCUUGACAGACAAGAAAGUAGUGAUGAUUUACUCAGUGAGGACCAAUUGAAAGUACUUUUGUACAAAAGUUUAUGUUGUGGUAGAUAUCUAAUUAUAUUAGACGACAUGACGAGUUUGGAAAUUUGGGGUGGCUUAAGGCCUUGCUUUCCGGAUAGAAAGAAUAUGAGUCGAAUCAUUUUAAUAACUAGGCCAUCAAGAAUGGUAUCUUAUUUUGACUUUCCAGUCCUUGAGAAGUGCUUUCUUGAAGAAGCUACAAGCUGGGAAUUGCUUUGUAGAACUACAUUUGGAAUAGAGAAUUGUCCUAAUGAACUUCAGAAUAUAGGAAGGAAGAUUGCUCAAAAAUGUAAAGGGCUUCCUCUCUCUAUCAUUGUCAUUGGGGGACUUCUAAAAAAUUUGCCUUUGAUCAAAGACGUUUGGAAGUCUGUGGCAAGAGACCUAAAGCCAAUUUUGAAUUUAAAAGAUUAUAAAAGUUGGUUCGGUAUAUUGUCAUUGAGUUACAGAUUCUUGCCUAGACAUUUGAAACAAUGCUUUCUUUAUUUGGGAAUUUUUCCUGAAAACUAUGUAAUUCCUGUUUCUCAACUUAUCAAGCUUUGGAUUGCUCAAGGUUUUGUACAACCAGAUCAUGAUAACAGAUGUUUGGAAGAAAUUGGUCUGGAUUAUUUAGAGGAUCUCGUUGAUAGAAAUCUGGUAUUAUUCAAUCGACAUGGAUUAACCGGAGAUAUGAAAACGUGCUAUAUUCAUGAAUGUGUACGUGAUCUAUGCCUAUGGAUUGCUCGAGAAGAGAACUUUUUCGACAUCUUAAGAAAUCAUUGCAUUGUAUUUCGUGAAAAGAAUCUCUAUCAAGAAUUCAAUGAUGCCAUAUAUCCAUCACAGACCGGUACUCUAAUAUGCUGUGGUGAGGGUAUGCCUCAGAUAGAGGAUGCAUCACUGCUGCGCGUAGUAGAUGAUGUUGAUAUAAAUUCUUUCGAAGAUAUUUUUCAACAUGCAAACCUGCGAUACAUUCGAUGCCGCUCUACCUCAGCUGUGUGCAGAGUUCCUUCAACAAUAUCCAACCUCUGGAGUCUGGAGACUAUAAUUUGCCACAACACUCAUUUGGUUUCAGCUCCAAUUGAAAUAUGGAGUAUGAAGCAUUUGAGACAUGUGGAGUUCAGUAAGAUUUCUGUUCCCGACCCUCCUUCAACCAUGGGAUUGCCACAAAAUUCUGCUUUGGAACACCUUCAGACCUUCAUGAAAAUAGUAAAUUUCAAGUGCACCGACGAUGUCCUUAUGAGGAUAAAACGUGUAAAGAAGCUACAAAUCAAGUAUGAUAGGGCAGAGUCAGAUUAUUUCCUUGAGAAUAUGCGUCAUUUUCCAAUGCUGGAAUCAUUGAAAGUCUUCUUCCAUGUCGACUCUCCAGUUAUGAAGAAGGUCUUGUUGCUCCAACUCACCUACCCAAUCUCACUCAGGAAAUUGAGUUUAGACAACAUCGAGCUUUGUUGGAAAGAUUUGCAGAUGAUGGCGUUUUUGCCUAAUCUUGAAGAACUCAAGAUUAAGGGCAACAUUUCAAGAGUUGGGUGGUCCCGUUUCCCCCAGGCAUUCUGCUCUCUCAAGUCUCUGAGAAUCGAUGGCUCUACUGAUAUAGAUUUCUAUCAACUAGACAAUGCUCUACACAUUCCACAUAGGAGACAUCCCAACUCUGAGACUUCUUAA